AUGAACAUGGUGAGUGGUGCGCUGGUGUCUCUGGUCCUAUAUUUGGGUUGCCUUGUCGGUGCCUCAGUGGGCCAGGAAUGUGGCGGGGUACUCACAGAACCUCAUGGAAAAGUCCAAUCACCUGGCUAUCCCGAUUUCUAUCCUCCCAAUGCCCACUGUAAAUGGGUCAUUCAGGCUCCAUCCAAUCGGAAAAUCAUCCUGACAUUCGAUGAUUUCAACCUGGACGAUAAAGGGAAUUGCAUUUCCGGCGAUCAUUUGACUGUUUACAGUCCCAAAGGGGAGUCCAAAGUACAAAUCGGCGAUCAUUUGACUGUUUACAGUCCCAAAGGGGAGUCCAAAGUGUACUGUGGAGUAAAUAUUCCCCCUGCCAUUGAAUCCUUCGGGAACACACUUUAUGUUAAUUUCGCCUCAGAUGCAGACGAAAACGGAAUCCGGUUCAGUCUGACCUACGGCACCCUCGCCGCAUGCGAAGAUGGAUGGCAACAAUUCGGUUCUCACUGUUACUUCUUCUCGGACGAAGAGAUGACGUUUGACGAGGCCCAAGCAGACUGCGAGGCCAGAGAUGCCAACUUGACGAGCAUUCACUCGAAGGAAGAGCAGGUGAAGUAUGUCCUCGCUCGACGCUUAGGACAACAAACCUUUGGAGCCACGAAUACAGGGACUCUGGACAAUCCUUUUAAUUACGAAUUCCUCGAUGGAACGCCGAGCGAUUAUGAAAACAUCUGGUCGUGGAAUGUUUACCGUCCUUUGAACUGCUUAGUUGGUUGUGGAAUCGUUCUGGUCCCUGAUCGGUGGGUGAACCGGGACUGUUCGGAAGUCAGACCGGUCAUUUGCGAGGCUACCUCUUCCCAAGGAACAGGAUGGCCUUGUUUUCAGGACCCCAUGCCUGACUUCUGCAUUCAUUCAUCGGCCGAAUCAUUCACCUUCGCCGAAGGCCGAGCAUAUUGCCAACAAUUCCUUGCAGCCGAUAUCCUCACCCUGCCUGCUGACUUGUCCUUUACUGCCAUGUUAGUGGAGGCUUUUGAAAUGUUUUUUCCGACGCCUAGGCCCAGAGUGGGGGAGUUUUGGAUUGGAUUGUGGCAAAAUGCAUCAGGGAUAUGGCAGUGGAGCGAUGGGUCUCCAGCAGAUCUGAACCGAUGGGAAGAUGGCUACCCCUCAGACGAUGGUGGUCAAUGCGCCGUGAUAACAGCAUCCAGCUGGGAUGAUCUUGAGAAGACUUACUCUGCAUCCUAUGUCUGCAAGAAACCGCUCUGA